CUCAUUUAAAGCUUAUUGAUCAAGUAAAGUUUCAAUUUUGAAACAAUAAGGUGAGCUAAAAUGCCAUCCGCCGGCCGUCGGUCUCUUCCCCUCUCUCCCGCUUCCGGUUUCUCUCCAAUGGACGAUCCUCACGAUCCCUUUGCUUCCAUCAUAUUCGAAUGUAUAAUACCUCCGGAGGCACAAGAAGCUCUCCGUCACGCGCCGGAAGUCGUCGAACCUGGUUUGUGCUCUGCGAUCUCCCGCCUAAAUUGCCGGACUUUCCCUAUUGCUCGUAAUCCCGAUACUCCUUCGGAGAACCAGAUGCUUCCUGAUUCUCCGUUGAGCCAAAUUGACAAGGGGAACUUUAAUGGCGCUCCAACCCGCACCGAGUCAUCUUCCAGUUCCAUCCCUGAACGGACGCUUCCGCUGGACAAUUUCAUCGACCUAGUUAAGCAUUUCUCCCUGCAUUCGGAUCGGAGCUUAGGUGAUAAAGACAUUCUCGAAAUCGCUGAAAGGAAAGGCAUUCAUUUCCCUCCACCCGAGUGGUGGCGUACUGGUGGCUACAAAAAGGUGCCAUAGAGGCUGUUUGAUGAAGCUUUCCUAUUUUUGAGGUCGAGACGGUCUUGCUUUCUGCUAUACUUUUCCUUUUGCGUGAUUCCUCCAAACUGUUAGAUGAAACGGCGAUGAAACCUUUGUUUUUUUUUUCCUUUUGAUGAUGACGCUGUUUAGUCCUUCUGGCACAUGAUCUCGAUCGCUUCUUUCUAUUUUGCAUGAACCAGAUUGGGUCAUCAUUUUAUUAAACACUAUUGUUUGUUCAUAUGAAACU